UUGUAAGAAUUUCAAUUCAGAGUUUUUUGUUGUUGUGUGUUUUCUAAUAUCCUCAACGUUAUUUACUCCCUUUUAAGAUAUAUGUAUUUGCUCCCCGAGGUUUUCACGUAUCCAAGUGGUUCAAAGACUGACCAAGAUUGUUUUUAAACUUAAUUCUCUAAGUUUUAAUAGAGUUUUAUAAAAUGUCCUGAAUAUUUAAAAUAUGACACUGGUCCACUGUUGAUAACUUGCAUAAUCACAACAUUGUUCUUUUUAGGCCAUGCCAAACUGACAAACACGCAGUUUUAAAAUGAAAGUUCAAACAUGUGUUCAUAAACGGAGUGUGACACUGGGACUGCAAGCAAACCAUGGAAAGGCUACACUUAGCACGGCCAAGUUAAGCUCCACCCACAGAACGUCUGCCCUGUCUAGUAGGCUAUAUAAACUGCAGUAACACUUCAUCAUAUCCACUACAGCGUGCACGUACUGACAGAAUUUUCAAUGACAGGCCAAAUGGUUGUCCAAGUCAAAAGUAACUCGAACCACUGCAGGAAGGCAAUGGAUGGCAAUCAACAAAAGCUUGUUGCCAACAUCCUGCUCCUUGGGGCAGAAAAUGUUGGAAAAUCAGCUCUUACUGUGCGGUUUCUCACAAGGAGAUUUAUUGGUGAAUACGGAGAUAUUGAAUCAAUAUACAGUCAUAUUGACAAAAUUGAUGGCCGUGAAAUUUCUUUCAACAUAUGGGACUCGUUGUAUCCACAGAACUGUGUCGCGCCCGAGUCUAUCAGCGACAAACAGCUCCAGUGGGCAGACGGAGUGAUUCUAGUGUACAGCAUCUGCGACCGCUCAAGUUUCGAAGUGGUGCGGCAACAGGUGCAUCUCAUCAGGCAGUCGAGAAAGAUGUCUGCUAAUGCGCCGAUUAUUAUCGUCGGAAACAAACGCGAUCUUCAGCACCAACGAACAGUGUCCAGUGAGGAGGGUCGGCUCUUUGCCCUUUCUGCAGAUUGCAGCUUCUUUGAGAUAUCUGCUGCCGAGACAUACCAUGGUGUGUUGCUUGUAUUUCACGAACUGUUGGAACUCAUCAAAGAGACGAGGGCACUCAAGAAAGCUGUUGUGAGUAUUAGAGGGAUUGUGAGGACCGUGUCUGCUGUAUUUGGGAAGAAACGCGCUGAGUAGAUAUCAGUCAGUAAUGUUUAUUACAGAGAGUAUAGAUAUAGGCCCCAGUUGGCCGGCAAAACUAAAACCGGUCGUCAAGAAAGCUUGGGCUGGCAGUGAGGGGGAGGGGGGGAGCAGAUCAUAAGGUAAAAGUAAGUUGGAAGUUUUCUGGUCACCUGACCGACAGAGCUGAAAAGUCCUCGGUUUACAGCGUGGUAAAACUGGCUAUUGUUGAAGAUUAUGAGUAACUACGCUUGGAAGAGAGCUAUGAAGGAGAGCUGUUGUUCAAUGGGCACAGCAAGGUGCUUUAUCGAGUGGACGUGAUUUUAAGACAUAGGCUAUCAUCUGAUAUUCCAUGUGCGAAAAAUCUGAAGACUGAUUGACUUCUGAAAGUGCUGAAAUCGUGACAACAAAAGAAUUACUGUAGCCUAAGCUUUUCUCUAUUGGUGCUAUGCAUCAGCAUUUUGUGAAUAAAGAUUGCCUAAGAAGUUUUCUUUACGAUGUCAUUUGUCAUGAACACACAAUGGACAUGGCUGUCAUUGAUGUAUGCAUAGCAGUUUUAGUGACUUUGUCAUCAACAUUUCUCUUGUUCAGUUAUUGUAGCUGACCCUGUGACAAAGCAAAAGGGAGGAUAUGCCUUAGCAUUUAUGUAUACAGGUCAAUGUAUAAAUAUACAACUGUAAUGGGUUAAAUGU